AUGUCAACCACCCGUCGUGAUACGCUCGUUGCCAUUGAGAAGGUCGCGCAGGCGUACUGGGAGAAGAAUCGCCUGCAUGAGGUGGAUGCCCCGCAGCCGGGUGAGGCGCGCCCGCCGAAAUAUCUCACCACCUUCCCGUUUCCUUACAUGAAUGGCCGCCUUCACCUCGGGCAUGGUUUUUCGCUCACAAAGUCAGAAUUCAUCUCGCGUUAUCAACGGAUGAAAGGGUGCCGGUCGUUAUGGCCGUUUGGGUUUCACGUGACGGGAACCCCGAUUGCGGCAUGCGCGCAGAAGAUCGCGAAGGAGAUCGAGAUGUACGGCAACCCCCCUGUUUUCCCGGAUUCCUCUGAGGAGACCGCCAAGUCGCCGAGUUCGCCGUCGGAGCUGACGGAUUUGUUAAAAUUCAAGAGCAAACGCGGCAAAGUCGGCCCGGCGAAACCGCAGUGGGCGAUCAUGCAAUCGAUGGGGAUUCCAGAUAGCGAGAUUCCAAAAUUCGCGAACCCGCAGCAGUGGCUGGAUUACUUCCCCCCGAUCGCGAUCCAGGACUUGCGUCAGUUUGGCUGCCACAUCGACUUCCGCCGCUCGUUCAUCACAACGACGCAAAACCCGUACUUCGACCGUUUCGUCUCCUGGCAGUUCCGUAAACUCCGCAAGGCCGGGCUGCUCAAUUUCGGCAAGCGCUACUGCAUCUACUCCCCCUUGGAUGGGCAGCCGUGCGCGGAUCAUGACCGGGCUAGCGGCGAGGGCGCCCUUCCACAGGAAUACACGGUGGUAAAACUCACCGUGCAGGAUCUCCUGACACAUCCGACCUUCAAGCCUUUCGCGGGGAUUAUUGGGGAUCGUCGGGUUGUCCUCCCCGCCGCGACCCUCCGCGCGGAGACGAUCGUCGGGCAGACGAACUGUUGGGUGAGCCCAGAUAUCACCUACCGCGCCUACGCCGUCCUGAACGACCGAACCAAUGUGGAGGAGAUCUUCGUGAUGACGGCGCGUUCCGCUCGAAAUAUGGCGUACCAGGACUUCACUAUCAACGGUCGGAAGUGGGCGGAACCCUCGCCGCUCUUUGAGGUGUCGGGAGCCUCUCUGAUUGGCCUUCCUUUGGCCGCCCCAUUGGCGCCGUAUCCAACUAUUUUCACCCUCCCGAUGAGUACCAUCAUGGAAGGGAAAGGAACCGGGGUGGUGCUUUCAGAACCCUCCGAUUCCCCGGAUGACCACAUCAACCUCCGCCAACUCCGUGACAAGCCGGAGUACCGGAAGAAGUUGGGCAUACGGGACGAAUGGGUCCUUCCGUUCCUGCCUGUCCCGAUUAUUGAGGUGCCGGAGUUGGGGACGAAUUGUGCCGAGGUGAUGUGCGAACGACUCCGUGUCAACGGGCCCAACGCGACGGAGCCUCUGGAGGAGGCCAAGCGGGUUUGUUAUCAGCUAGGGUUCUACCAAGGGGUGAUGGUGGCGGGGCCCUUCACCGGGGAACGCGUCGCGGAUGCCAAGCUGAAAACCCAGCGGUGGCUGGAGGAGAACGGGGAAGGGGUGCGGUAUUGCGAGCCGGUCCGGCCGGUGACGAGUCGCUCCGGCGACGACUGCGUCGUCGCGCUGGGGGAUCAGUGGUAUAUCGAGUAUGGCCAGCCAAACUGGCGCGAGGUGGUGCAGAAACACCUUGAAUCGAUGAAUCUGUUCUGCCAGGGCGUCCGAAACGGCUUCGUCGAAGUGCUGAAUUGGCUCUCGGAUUGGCCCUGCAGCCGGACCUUCGGCUUAGGGACCUACCUCCCGUGUGAGGAAAGCCACUCCAUGAUUAUUGACAGCCUCUCCGACUCCACCAUCUACAUGGCGUACUACACCAUCAGCCGCUUCCUUCAUGUGACCAAGGACGGCACGCUCGUGCUGGACGGCGUCGCGGGCGAGUCCAACCCGUACGGGCUGAAGCCGGAGAUGUUCACCGAUGAGAUCUUCGAUCACAUUUUUCACGGCGCCGGCGACGCCGCGACGGUCGCGGCCACGGUCGGCAUGCCGAUCGCCUCGCUCGAGCUGAUGCGAAACGAGUUUGAGUACUUCUACCCGGUCGACAUCCGCUGCUCCGCUAAGGAUCUUAUUCAGAACCAUCUGACGAUGUUUUUGUACAACCACGCUGCGAUUUGGCCGGAUGACCAGAGCAAAUGGCCGCGCGCGAUCUUCUGCAAUGGGCAUAUCCAAGUCGACAACGAAAAGAUGGCGAAGUCGAAGGGAAAUUUCAUCUCGCUCGGGGAGGCCAUCGAGACGUACGGCGCGGAUGCCACCCGCCUCGCCUGCGCGGAUGCAGGGGAUACGCUUGAGGAUGCGAACUUCGUGCGUGAUACCGCCGCGAGUUUCGUCCUGAAGCUUACCACGCUGCUUGAGCAGGCGAAGGAGCAGCUCGCCCGUGAGGAUAUGCGCACCGGCCCUCACAACGUCUUCGAUAAGAUCUUUAACAACACCCUCAACACCAUCACCACUGCCACAGAUGGGUAUUACGAGAGUAUGCAGUUCCGUAUGGUCCUCAACACCGCCUUUCACGAGCUCACCAAUGAGUUCAGCCAGUACAAGCUGAACUGCGGGGAUGUGAUGGUGCACGGCGGGCUCGUGCAGCGCUACUACGAGCUCCUCACGCUCCUCCUGAUGCCGCUCGCGCCGCACUUCUGCGAGCAUAUGUGGCAAAACGUCCUGAAAAAGGAGGGAACGGUGGUGGUACAAGCCUUUCCAAAGCCUGACGCGCCGCUGGAUUAUCCGCUGAUCGUCAUGAAUCGCGUGAUGAUGGAGGUCGUGAAGGAGAUCCGCGCGCAGGUGGCGAAAUGUACGAAGCAGAAGAAGGUGGUGGAGACCGUCGUGAUCUAUACCCUCGUCGAGUAUGCCGAGUGGCAAGUCGGCGCGCUCAAACGUCUGCAGGCGAUCUAUCAGGAAAACAGCAACACCUUCCCCGCAGAUAUCGCCAAGCAAAUCAUCAGUUCCAGCUCAGAAUGGCUGCCAAAGAACCUCAUUCCGGAUACGAUGGCCUUCAUCUCUUUUGUUCGCACGAACGUUGAGAAGUACGGCCUGCAGGCGAUGUCGUUAGAGCCUGUCGUAAACGAUUUUGAGCUGCUCUCGAGCGUGAACGAUAACAUUAGCAAGCUAUCUGGUGUGAGCAACAUCCUUGUGAAGUACGCAACCGAUGAAAGUUUCAGUGGACACGCCGCGGCUCGUCGUAAGUGCCGCGCCGGGGAGCCCACUGUGGCGUUUAUCUUUGCUAAAUAG